AUGGUAGGUUCUCAUGUUUACUUGCUCCUUGUAGAUUGGAGGAAAGAAGAAUUCAAAGCUGCAAAUGUUACCCUGGAUGCAGAAACGGCUCAUCCUGCCCUCCUCCUGUCUGAAGAAGGGAGACGAGUUUCCUGGCAAGCAAGGUGUCAAGAUCUUCCUAGCUCCCCACAGAGAUUCACCUCCAUCCCCUGUGUGCUGGGUCAAUUGCACAUCAUCUCAGGGAGAUACUUCUGGGAAGUAGAGUUUGGGGACCCCUGUUCCUGGGACCUGGGAGUUUGUAGGGAUAACAUAACAAGGACGGGGAGGGUUAUAAUGUCCCCACAGAAUGGUUUCUGGGCCAUUAGGUUCUAUGAGGGGGAGUAUUGGGCCCUCACCUCCCCAGAAACCCAUCUUACUCUAAGAGAAAAACCCUUUAUUGUGGGGGUAUUUCUGGAUUAUGAGGCUGGAGAUGUAUCUUUCUAUAAUAUGACAGAUGGAUCCCACAUCUUCACCUUUCCCCAGAACACAUUCUAUGGUGUCCUAAGACCACUUUUCAGACUUUGGUCCUCUGAGUCAAGCUUUCUAACCAUCUGUCCAGGUGAAGGAGAAUGUGCUGAUGUUGUAAUUCAUAUGUCUACCCCCCAUGAGAAAUGA